AUGAAACCAAGAGCAGAUAGAUCCUCAUCACUUCGACACAUUCCAUCAGCUUUCGACUCUAGCAACAACUCAACUCUAGACCCAAGUAACACCUCUGCAUCGCGAAUAGAAGAGCUGGAAAUUUCGAUGUCGGAGAAAAACGACAUCAUCAGUCGCCUAACCGAGCAACUUGACGCUGCCGGUCGCCAAAUCGAUCAAAUGGGCGUCAAGCUGAAUGCGGUGGCGAUGCACAACAAUAACCAUUUCAUGUCGGAAGCCAGCAAGAUUCAAGUGGAAUUUGAAAAACAGCUGGAAACGCAGCAGAAGCGACUUCAGGAGGAAGUUGAAAAGACGAAACUUUUGGAGAUGACGCUCGCUGGACAGGGAACGAGUCAGCGAGAGGUAGAUCGCCUCAGAGAAGACCUUGACGCCGAGAGCGAGAAGUUUUUCAAGGCCCAAGAAGAACUGGAUUGUGCCCGUUCGCGAAUCGAAGACCUUGCCGAACAGCUUGCCAGAAAAGAUCAACUGGUAAAAGAGAUGGAAGAGAAACAAAACACGCACGUUGAACGUCAACAUGCGCAAAUCGACCAGCUCGAGCAAGACUUCAGAAACCGGCAGCAAGAGGCCGAUGACAAGCUUCGCUUCCUUCUUGAAGAAAAGACAAAACUUGAACGUCAAGUUUCUCAACUGCAGGAAGACUUGGAAAUCAACAAGGACGAUCGAAGUCGCAUCCGAGAAGCGCUCGAGGAGGAAAACCGAUAUCUCCUUUCCGAGCGAGAUAAACAGCAGGAACUUUACAUCGCUCAAGAAAAAUCCCUCACUGAGGAGCUGAGAAAAAAGGAUGAAAGAAUCGCAGAGCUCGAGAGCGAGAAAGUCAACAAUGACAAUCAAACCUUUUCGGAUUCUGACGAUGAUGACUUUCAUACGAACAUACGCGAGCUAGACGCGAUCAAUGACAAGUUUUACGAGGUAAAUCCAGGGGUGACGGACGAGCGAGACCGCCUUCGAAAUGAACUGACCGCGACAUUCGCCAACUCCCAAGUCGCCGUAGAUGAAUAUGAAAGAAUCAAGGCCGAAAAUGCGACACUGCGGACGGAGCUUGAUCAGAGCAGAGCUACUCACGACAACUACCUCAGACUUCAAGAAAACCACAAAGAACUUCAAGAGCAUUUAGCUCAAGCUACUGCGAAUUUCGAGACCUUCCGCGAUGCUGCACUCAACGGCGAAAUUCCGAAUAAGCGAAAAAUCACGCAACUGGAAGAGGACCUCAGUCUCACUCAGAAGGCGCUUGAAGAGAGCGAAAGUCAAAAUCAAACGUACAGCGCUCGAAUAAAGCAGCUGCUCGACGAGCGAGAGCAAGAGCAGGGCCAGUUCAAGAAGUUGUACGAGUCGGCGAUUCAAGAAAGUGAAGGAAAGACAGAAGACCUUGUCAGUAAGUUGAACCAGGAGAUCGAGUCGCGCGGUGUUCUACUCGUCGAGAAUAAAAAACAGUGGGAUGAUGAGAGAGAAGAAAUGGAAGCCAAAAUUCACGAGUUGGAAAAAGACAUCGAGUAUUACUCCGACGUUAUUAAAACAGCAAAGGACGAGGCGGAGGAGUCGGCUGCAUCCGCUCAGCAAAUUGAAGCCGAGUUGCAGGAAAAGAUCGAUCAGCUGACGCGCGAGCUGAAGAGCGAGCACAACAGAGUCGACGCUCUAAGCAAGCAGAUCAUUGAGAAAGACAACGACGUGAAGGAGCUCAGCGGACGAGUAGCCACAAUGGUUUCUGUUCAAGAUCAGAUGGCGGAAAUGAGCAAAGAGUGGUCGCAAAAGCUCGAGGAAUUGAGUACCACCAAGGCGAUGCUCAUCGGAGAGCGAGAUCAGAUGAAAGAAAAGGCCAAGACAGAAAGUGAAGAAAACAAAAAGCUUUCUGACCAGAUGGAAGCUCUGCAAAAUAAGCUAGAAGAGACCGAAGCUAACGUGAUCAGUAUGGAGGAAAUCAUUGUUGAUCUGAAGAGCCGCGAUGAUCAGAGUCGCGAGAUCCUAGAUCGUCGAGAUGACGAGAUCAAACUCCUCAAGACGAGAACUGAACAUCUUGAAGAUCUGGAAGCAAAGAUUCAAGACCUUCAAACGCACAUUGAGACCCAAGAAGCCGGUUUUAAUGCGGAGCGGGAGGUCUUCAACCGCGAGAACGAGCAUGCGAAGGACGAGAUUGAAUCGUUGGUCAAAGACUACGAAAUCUUUGCGGUUCAGCUUGCCGACAAAGAUGAGAAACUCAAGAUCUUUACUGCUGUGCAGGAGCAGCUCCACGAAGUCACAGACGAGCGCGAUAGAUUGGACAAACAGCUCAAAGAGCGUGCAGAAGAGAUCGAAGGCACUAAACUUGAGCUGGCAGAGGCGAAAGAGAAAUGCCAAAAAGUGAGCGAGGAAUUCGAAAUCUUCAAGGGACAAGCCAGUUCAAAGGACGUCGAGACAAGCGAAGCUCUUGCCGUUCAGGCGGCGCAGAAAACCGCGACUGAAGUUCAGCUAAAGGAAAUGCGCGAGCAUUUAGAAGCGCAAAAGGAACUGUUGGCGCAGAAUCAAAUGGAGAGUGAAAAGCUGCGAGCGGAAAUCGAUGUGCUUAAUUCGGUAAAAACCGAGGGCGAAGAUCGAUGCAAGGAGUUGCAGGAUGAGUGCGCUGAGCUUCGUACACUGAAAAAGGAGCUUGAAGAAUUGCAGGAGACGCACGGAAUCGUUAUCGAGGAGUACAACCUUCUCGAAAAUGAGUUGAAAGAGACGAAAGAUCAAGGAGAUCAACUCAAUAAAAGAGCGGAAAGUCUCGAGGCAGCUCUUGCGAAAGCACUAGCUGGCGAGGCGUUGGCAGCUGGCAGCGUGCAUGAACUCGAAGAGAAAAUGUCGAACCUUCUUCACGAAAAACAGACUCUGGCGGACGAGCUUUCGGAAAUCAAGAAACGAGAAGAAGUUGUUACAUCUAGCCUAGUGCCUAUUGUCCGUAAGUUUUCGAGCGACGAGGCUGACUCGCUAGAAGAACAUCCCCUUGAUCUCGCAAAAGUCGAAAACUUGAAAGGAGUACUCGAUAAGCGAGAUCAAAAUCAUGUAGCCGAAGUGGAUCGACUGAUCGCGGAGCUCGAGGAGGCGAAAAUGGCGCUAGAUGCGAAAUCAGCGGAAAAUUCGGACUUCGUCCAACAGCUCGAUCGCGCUAGAAAAGACUGUGACCAAUUGGCCGCCGAGAUUGUUUCUCAACACACGCGAUUGACGGAGGAGCGGAAAGAAUUCGAAGCUGCCAACCAACUCAAAAUUGUCCAAUUCUUCAACGAGAAAAAUGCGGAGUUGGAGGAAAUGGAAGAGAUGUACAAUAAACAGUUGAACGUGAAGGUAGAAGAAUUUAACUCCAAUAUUAAAGAACUCAACGAACAGUUGGCCGAAAGCGAGAGACAGCUCGAGGAAGUCUGUGAAGCCCACCAGAAAGAGCUCAGUGCGCUGCAGCACGACAUUGCCGAAAAUAACGACGACAGGGACGUCGAGAUGGAAACCCUCACGCGGGACAUGGCUGAGCUCAUUCCCUACGCCGAGCAGCUCAAGUCCGAAAACGAUCUACUCAAAGAAAGGGUUGAAGAACUCAACAAGAAGAGUGACGAGGCCGCCCAAGAGCAUUUGGAUAUUCUGGCGCAGAUCCAAUCUGAAAAUAACAAAAAUGAACACUAUCGUCAGGAAAUCAGAGUCUUGACGGGUCAGAUUGAGCAGAAGGCCAAAGUAGAGGAUGCUCUGAAUUCUGAGAUCCACACGCUUAGAGCUUACGUCGAAAAAGUGAAGAACGAGUACGAGACGCAAUUUAAGAGCAUGAACCAAAGUAUGAUGACAAACGCGACGAACGCCACUGAGUACAUGCCGAUUCAGAUCCGUGUGCCUGUGCUUGGUCCUGAGGGUGAAGGCGACUCCAGAAACUCAAUCGGGACCGUUCAUAAUCUUGUGGAAGAGCACGCACACGAAGAUGAUGAAGUUCGUGAAGGCUCCCUUCCUGACUCCGACAUACUCGAAAUGGACUCAAAAGAGAUCGAAGUCAUUCGUCUUGAAGAUCUUGUCAAAGAGCUUCAAGGGCGUCUGGCUAAAUAUGAAAACCCCGAGCUCGACAAUUCGCAAGAGAUUGAAGACAAUCAAAACGAAUUAAGAGCGCUCGAAACGAAGAUCGAAGAACUGUCAAGAGAACGGGAGGAUCAGCUCUGUGCUAAGAAUGACCACAUCUCUGAAAUCGAAGAACUACGUGCCACCGAGAAAGAUAAAUUCAGAGCCGAAAUUUCCAAACUUCGCGAAAAGAUCAGCGAGCUUCAAACUGAGCUUGACAAGAAGGAAAUCAAUGUUCCCGAAGAAGUAGCUCGAGUUCAGGAGGAAAAUAAAUUUCUUCAAAACCAGGCUGAAGAAUUCGCAGACGAGCUUGAACGAACUAUUAAUACAGAGGAACAGCUUUCACAAGAGAACAUCGCCCUGCGUAAUCAGCUGUCCAAGGUCGAGAAAGAGCUGGACCAAAUAAAGUUGGAGACACCAGAACGCUUCGAACGCAUGAUGACUGGCUUCGGGCACGAGCGUAAAGAGUUCGACGAAGUCCAUGAAAAGAUCUUCGAAGAAAACGAGCAACUCAGAAGCGCCUUGGCGAAGAUUUACUCAAGAGUAAAAGACGCGAUCCAACUGGCGAACAAUGAUGCACUAGAAGCCUCUAUCCUCGAGCAGCAUCCGAUCGGUGACGACGAGAUGGACUUGGAAGAGGGUCUCGCCGCAACGGAACAAGUGAUCCUGCUUCUUGAUACGAUUAUCCACGAGAUCAAACAGGGUAAGGAAGCACGAGAGUCUACUGAGCAUAGCGACGGAAAUGUCGAAACUCUUGAAAAGCCUGGAUUGAAGAAUCUUUUUACUCUUGACACAACUACUGAUCCGGGUGCUAAGGAUGAGUCCUUCACUGGCUAUGGAGAGGAAGAGCCUUUGCCCCUCUCACCUAAGAAGCCUGGGUCUGAACUGGCUGAAAUGAAACGGGAGCUCUCUGGAUUACGACAGGAGAACAACAAACUUCAAGAAGAGCUUAAAGUUCUCAUCACCGAGCGACUGGAUGAUGCCAACGAUGAAGUACGACGAAUGUAUGAAACGCUGCAGCUGAACUUGCACGAAGAGCGCAAUGCGAAAGAUGAAGAAAUUCGCCGCCUUAACCACAUUGUUGAGGAGCAGAUUUCAAAGGAGGUCAGCAACGUGGAAUCCUUGCUCCAACAAAACACGGAACUACGCGAUCGUCUCCAGUUCGCAGAGCGCGAGUGUGAAACAAAAACCGAGUUUAUUACAAAACAGACGUCGGAACAAGACGCUGAGCGUGAUCACCUCGAACGCAAAGUUCAAGCGCUUCAGCUCGCACUCGAGAAAGUCAAAGACGCUCAGAAGAUCGAGCAAGCCAACACCUUGGAAGAGUCGCUUCAUAACAAUUCCUUCGCGCCCCAUGCUGCCCAAAAACUUGAGCAGCUAGAGACAGAGUUAGAACGCGAGAGAGAGCUUCAGAAUAAAAUCCAAGCCGACUACAACGAGCUAUGCGUUAAGCACCGGGAGUAUUUUCGACGAUAUAAAGAGCUGGAAAGUGCCGAGGCCGAAGCACAAAAGCGAAUAAACCAGUAUACCGCUAUUGAAUUCGAAAAAGAGCAGCUCCAGAGUGAGCUUAAACUCGCAUUCGAUCGUAUUGCUGAUCUUGAGACCUUCAUUGACAGACUUAAAUUUGGCGACUCCUCACUGAAAUCAAAAACGAUGUCGCAGAACAACUCAUCAUUUGCCUCGUCCGGCAACAACUCUAAAGCUUUCCGCGAUGAAAGUCGACUCAAUGGAUCUGGAGAUGUUUCAGCUCUUGAUUUAUCUGAUCCCAAAGAGCCAUCAGUAGAUCCGGCUGAACAUGCGAAACUGGCCGCAGACUUGGAGUCAAAGACCAUGGCGAUCACUGACCUCGAAGAGCAGAUUCUUGUUCUCAAGAAUGAUCUUGAAAAAGAGCGCCAAAAGCAAGCAUCACCUCGCGACAAGCCCAUAAAGACAGUGGGUUCUCUGCUGGAAGAUCUAUCUGAAAAGGACAAUCAGAUUUUCGAAAAAGAAGAAGAGCUGCUCGUGCUCCAAGAUGAGCUCUCACGAUCGAAGACCGAAAAUGAAAAGCUGAAAAGCGAGCUUGCGAACAUGUCUACGAAAUCGGGAAAUGUUACGAACGAAAAUGAGAUAUCUGUCGAUGAGAGUGAAUUCAAAACAUUGAAGAUCAAGUGUGAGAUGCAAGAAGAGAUUAUUGGCAAAAUGGCAAGAAAUAUUGAGCUCUUGAAAGCUACUCAGGACCAUGACGAAAGUCUAUGUGACUUUUCCCUCAAAGACGAGUUGAACAUCACUGAUGGGGAUACGAACGGCCCUCAAGGAGAUGGCCCACUAGUCGACUUUGACCAGCCUGCGAACAAAUCAUCAGACUCUAUCGAGUCUAAGGACGAAAACGAAAAGGUGGCUCUUCUUGAAGGCACAGUAGCCGAACUGCAUAACGAGCUUGAACUUGCUGAGUCGCGCGUUGCUGAGCUGCUCAAGAUGCAGGCUGGCACGAGAAAAGGUGGAAGGGACAACUCCAUUUUAUUGGAAGUUCGCGAUGAGCUCGAGGCUGUUAAUGACGAAAGAGAAUCUCUUCUUCAAAAGUGGAGGAACUUCGUAAUGACUUCGCCGCGCUCAAAAAUGAACGUGACGAUCUUCAAGAAGCGCUCAACGAGCGAAUGCGACAAUCUGAAGCAACAAAUUAAAAAUUUGAAACAGGAAAGUCAGAAGCUUCAGAACUUGGAGGAUGAACUUCACCGCGUCGAGCAAGAGAACCAUGACAUCCAAGCAUUAUUCCAGGACGCACAGGAAGAAAUCAAGUUCCUUUCCGCUGCAAAAAUGGAAAAUGCAAAGCUUCUUGCCAAGAUUGACGAUCUCGAAGCGCUGAAAGACCAAGUCGACGACCUGGAGCAAGAUAAACGCGAGCUCGAUUUCAAAAUCUCACAGGGCUCUGAUGUGAUGAACAAGCUGAGAACUGACAAGUCUCAUCUCGAGAACGAAGUUUCGAAUCUUAACAAGAAGCUCAUUGCAAAUGAGGUGCGCCAACAAGAGCAGCAACAAACUAUUAAUGAGCUGCUGAACCAAAUUCAAACGAACAGAGCUGAUGUUGAGCACAACAAAUCUCACGCGCGAGAGCAAGAGAGCAUGUUCAUCAAACAGCAAAACAGUAAGAUGGAGGAAAUCAACGAUCUCCGACAAGCUCUCACAACCGCCGAAUCCGUCAAAGAAGACCUGUCUGGCGAGAAUUUCCUUCUAAAACAACGGGUCACAGAGCUCGAAAACCAAUUAGGUCAAAUGGCGCAUGAAGCCGAGCUGAGUGCGACGGGAGAAGACCUAAUGGCUCGCUUGCAACACGAGCUUGAUCAGCAAGAUGCGCUCGACAUGCAACUUCUCGGACAUCUAACUGGAGAAAAACAGAAUCAAGAGAGUGGUCCGCAAUUGGACGGACGCAUCCAGUCUCUUCUUGACCGAAUUCACGAAGAGGGCGUUUCUAUUUUGGCACUUUCAGAAGCUCAAGCUCUCCGAGGCGAUAACGACAUUGCCCAGCAUCGCGCCGAAUCUUCGUAUCGCCGAUUGGAACUCGAACUAGAACAGGAGAAAAUUUUGAACCGCGAUCUGCAAGAAGCCGUGGAGCGUGAACAACAUCGUCUCAAGGAAGCGGAAAUGACUGCCGAUUCCGACAAGCGGCAGAUUGAGCUGCUUUCAUCCAAACUUGCACGAGCCAGCCAAGAUCAUGGCGACAAAUGCCUCGAAGUCUCCCGAUGUCUAGCGGAUAUUGAAAUGCUCAAAGAAGAGAUUGAGGCUAAAAGCCAACAACUCGAGCAUAGUCAACAGGUCGUUGAUACGCUUCGUAAAGAUUCCGAAGAAAUGCGAAACGAAUUUUCGAAAUUCGAUGCGAAAGCUCUGGCCUACGAUGAGCAAUCCCAGGACUUUGUUCGACGACUUAAAACUGUUCAAGAAGAAAAACAUCUGCUUACCACCGCUGUUACGCAAGAACGGGACGAGAACUCUAGACUCAGCGCAGAAUUGAGACAAGCUCAACUAGUGAUUGAAGACCUCAAGUCCAACAACUCCGCAGAUCAACGAAAGCUCGAGCAAUGCGUACAGCGCGCUCGCGAGUCUGAAGCGUCUGAGAAGAAACUCAAUGAUCGAAGAAAACUCAUGGCCAUGGCGAAGGUUGACGGACUGAUUAAAAAGGAACAACGACUACAGGCUCACAUUCGCUCGCUUGAGCUUCGCCUCCAAAACGCUUCUUCUGCGAAUUCUGAUCUCUCUUCCAAUGACGGAGAAUCCGACAAGCAGAAUCUUUACCAAGUCCGAUGCGGACUUGAGGCUUGCCGCCAACAGCUCGGCGCACUCGCGUCGCGUCUCAUGGUCGCUGCAGUGCGAAACGAUAACGAUGAGCUCAAGGCUUCCAAGGAAGAAAUCACAGAAGCCCAUCGAAAUUUGGCGUUUUACGCUCGUCUCAUCAACUCCUCGCGAAGCUCUAAGCGCGCCCAAGACACUGGCCUCCUCGAAGAGCGACUCCGUGACCAAUUGACGAACCUGAAACUCAACUCUGAUCGACUUCAUGAGUUGCAAGCGGAAGUAUCGUCAGACUCACAGUCUCUAUCUGAGUUCAAACUUCGCAGUGAGACACAAAGGAAGCAAAUUGAUCAGUUGACAGCUGAUAAACUCGCCCUUCAAAACAAGCUCGAUGAAAUAAAACUUACCGCUCCUGAUCAGUGGACCAACGAGAAUUCUGCUUCUGCCACUCAAUCGCUCGCCAGGAAGCAGCAAAAAACAUACGAGCGGUACGCGCGAGCAGAAUCCUCACGCAAGGCUCUCGUGUACCAGAAAAAGUACCUCCUGCUCACAAUCGGAGGCUUCCAAAACACGGAGCAGGUCACACUCGCGACCCUUUCGAAAAUUGGUGGCUUCAAGAAUCCAGCAGAGGAGAAAGCUCCACUCUCGCCAAAAAGACGAUUUAUUGCUGCCGCUAACGCUGUUAUUGCUAUCACUAGGCUGAAAUUCUUAACCCGAACCUGGGUUAAGCGUAUCACCAAAAACCGCUCUCACUCGUCGAAGGAUGCGCUUCAAAUCGCCCUGACCAAUCGAUUGAAUUACGACCAGGAACGAGGCGUCUAUUAA